AACCCACUCCAGCUUUGUUAUCACCGUCCACAGUGCCAGUGGCGAUUCCAAUCUUUGCUACUGUUCCAGGCCAGCAGACACUCGCUCCCCACCUCCAAUUCCUACCUUGCAAUCCUAGCCAAACGCGGUCUCGUCGAAGAUGCAAUCCAGCUUAAUUCUCAGAGUCCUCCUUGUUUGCAAUGGAAUCAUUGCCGCCCCGAUUUCCAGUCUGGCCGACUUGACCAACCUCGAAUCGCUCCUGAAACAAGACUCCAAUGUGCCCACCCAUCUGCUCAACUAUGCACCAGCCCCACAGGACUAUAACUCCGAAGCUCGCCAACACCCAUCUCAUGCCCCAAAUCCUUCCUUCGCUCCGCACCCCGUCCCUCAACAUCCUUCCGGGAUAUCCCAGUCUUCCAUCGUUAAUACUUCUGAGCCGAUCCCAUCUAGCCCAACCUCCGACGAUGUCAACCCCGAAUCAGGAAGCGCUGGGAGCGGCGGUGGAGUGCCUUCUUUUUUCGCCUCAAGCGUGGCUGGCCUGGUUGGAGGCACUACGGCCUUCGGCACAGGCUUGGGUUCCAACGUCCUUUCUGGAGGCCAUGUGGGCAACCCCAUAGUCGACGGGGCCGGCACAAUUGCAAACGCCGGUGUCGGCGUUGCUGGCCUGGCCGCGGGGAUCCCUAAACCCACUAUCUCUUGAACACCUCUUCUCAAGCUUGGCCCUCUCAUCAAUACCAUAUAGAAGCUGGAGUUUUCUUUUUUUUUUGAUCCCUAUGUUGAUCUUUCCUUUGUCGGUUCUAAACUCCCAAGUAUUUCUUUACUGCACACAUCUAACUAUCACUCUUUCAAGUCUUGCAAUGUCCAAAGAACACAUUGCUGUGCCAGAUCAUUUCGCG